UUCACUCCAUUGUUUUUACCGAAUGAUACUCGCGCAUCUCGAAAGGAGUCAUUAGAAGUUGUAACUCCCAUCUCGAUUCCCUUGUUCCUUUCAUCCCCUUUUUUUUUCAAUGAUACGAAGGUACCAUACGCAGGUACUACAUACGGCAAUCGUGACUGACAUAUUUCAUAGAUCGUCAUGGACGGAUUUAAUCCUUACAACGGCAAAGCCGCUUCCAACGGAUCUGGUUCUCAAGGGGAUGCUGGUUCUCAGGGCGCAAGUGGCGCCCCUGUUGCUCCUGGUGUCCCCCAGCCAGGCCUCGCUAUGGCUCCGACCAAUGGCCAAGCGGGUGGUGAUAUCGCUCAACCCUUCCCGUCUGAAUCUGCUCGCCAGACUCUAUGGAUGGGUGAGUUAGCUGGCUGGAUGGAUGAAGGCUUCAUUCGCACCCUCUUCCAAUCCACAUUGAACGAGAACGUCCAAGUUAAGAUCAUUCGAGAUCGUCAUUCUGGAAGUGCCGGCUACUGCUUCGUUGAGUUCACCAACCCGGACGCCGCUCAAAAGGCACUCCAGCUAAACGGGACUCCAAUUCCCAACACUGAUCGCGUUUUUCGUCUGAACUGGGCUUCUGGCGGAGGCUUGAUCGACCGCCGAGACGAUCGAACACCUGAAUACUCCAUCUUCGUCGGUGAUCUCGGUCACGAGGUGAACGAAUUCGUUCUAGUAGCUCUAUUCCAAGCGCGAUUCCCCAGCUGCAAGUCGGCUAAGAUCAUGACUGAUCAGCAGACUGGACAAUCCCGUGGUUACGGCUUCGUGCGAUUUUCCGAUGAACAGGACCAGCAGCGUGCGUUAGUGGAGAUGCAAGGCGUCUACUGUGGCAACCGACCCAUGAGAGUCUCGCCGGCAACGCCUAAGAACCGCAGCCACCAAGCCGGCACGCAAUUCAACCAGUACGGACAUCAUCAAAUGAUGCAACCUCAGGUCCCCCAACACGGAAACAUGGGUGGCCAGUGGGUUCAGCAGCAGCCUCCCAAUUACGGCGGUUAUCAACAGCCGGGAACGUUCAACCCGCUAACGAUGAACCAAUUCACCGACCCCAACAAUACGACUGUGUUCGUGGGCGGUCUCUCGGGCUACGUAACCGAGGACGAGUUGCGAUCGUUCUUCCAAGGCUUUGGCGAGAUAACAUACGUCAAGAUUCCUCCUGGAAAGGGUUGUGGAUUCGUCCAAUUCGUUCAUCGCCAUGCUGCUGAGAUGGCAAUCAAUCAGAUGCAGGGCUACCCAAUUGGUAACUCUCGAGUCCGUCUGUCAUGGGGUCGUUCUCAGAACAACUCUGGCGUAGGUACCCCCUACCGACCAGCACCUCCUCCUCCUCACUAUUUCCCACCUGGCCCUCCCGGCCCUCCCGGCCCCACGGGUCCUGGCCCAUUUGGUGGCCCUGGCUUUGGGGGUAGUGCUCAUCAAGGCCCGCCUCCUGCUGGCUUGGGCCCUCAGUAAACCGGCUCGCAAUGAUUCUGCAUAACCGGCAUGUUUUAGCAUAACCGGCGUCCUGCGUUUCUGGCGUUUCGACAUGCUUCUCCGUCUUCCAGCAUCACUAUCUCUCUGGUUUCGGCUAUUCGGUCUCUC